UUUUAAAGCAAAGAAUUUGUGUUAUAUAUAGAAGAAUUUGUGUAACCCUCUAUGCCACUGAUGUGACAGAUUUCUUAACCUAACAAUAGUUAACUUUCGUGAUUCAAAAAAAGAAAUACUUUUUAAUAUCUUAUUUCGAGAGAUUGAGCAUAUUUUGAUGUCAGAUUCUUUAAUUUCAUGUAAAAACGCGUCGAAUGAAUAUAAUUUCAUUGAAAUUAAAGAUUAGCACUAUUUCACUGACAACUGCAGACACUCAUAUAUGAAAGAUCAGCUCAAAAUAGGAUAAAGAGAUACCAAGAAACUAAAGCAUUCGCGAAGUAAGUGAUCCCGUGAAGCAAUAUGUGUUCGAAUCUACGUAGUUGGCCAGUCUUCAAUUUACUGAAGCCAGAAUUUAUUUCUGAGAUUCACAUGGUUAUGGUAUUUGGUAAAUUGGGUAAAAGAGCUUUAAUUGUAACAAGAAAGGAUAAGAAAGUAUAUGGCUUGGUGAAUGACAAUCUCCAUACUUUGGAGAGCAGAGACAAAAGCUCUACUAUGUUAUAUCUGAAGGAGGUUAAGGAUUUGUGUGGAAAAGAUAUAAAGACGUUCGCAUAUGGCAUGGGAUCUCACAUUUUGGCACUCACGAAUGGAGGAGAGGUAUAUUCGUGUGACAACAUUUAUCAAUUGAAGAAUGGAACAUUUAAUAUGGAUCUCACAUUUAUUUUAAUAAACAUCCCUACUAUUAAAGAUGAUCGGAACAUGAAACAUGUCGUGGACAUCGCAUGCGGCAAUAAACAUUCUGUUAUUCUAACCAAAAAUGACGAAGUGUAUGCCUGGGAAUCCAGUCCAAAUAAUAGUGGACAGGUGGAUAACAGUACCUAUGGACUUUCUAUAACACCUAAGCUUAUUUUGUCUAAUAUUGGUUGUAUCUCCUGCGGCGAUAACUUCACCAUGGCUGUCACCAGAAAUGGCAAGGUGUAUGGUUGGGGUAAUAACGACGUUGGCCAACUAGGAAUAAACAACUUUUCACUCUAUGAGAGUAAAAAUAUGCCGCGACAGACUAGUAUGCAGAGAAACACACUUUUCAGUGGCCAGAUAGCGACAAUCCCCCAAGCUGGGGGAGCCAACAAUUUUGAGAAUAAAAAUAUGACACCGCAGAUGGUUGGUAUACCGGAAAGCCUUAUUGUAGACAAGGUAACUUGCGGAUCAAAUCACACGCUGGUGCUCACAGACAAAGGGACCAUUUAUGCUUGGGGUGGAAACAAAUUCAGCCAGUUGGGGAUUGGCCAGACAGAGUUCUAUACACCAAUCAUGGUCAAUCAAAUAGAAAAGAUGAGAUGGAUCGACAUUGCGGCUCUGAAUAAUACUAGCAUCGCUGUCACUGAAGCAGGACGUUUCUAUGUUUGGGGUGAUUGCCGCGGUGAGUGCAUCUCGAUCCCAAUCGCCACUUCAUCCUUCAAUGUGCACGACACUUUUGGAUACUACGGGCCAAACAUUAUGCAUAAACCGUUGAUUCUGAACGAAAAGCCGGACAUAUUAGGAUGCUUGGAAAUUGCAUUCAACAAUUCUUCGACAAGCGAUCUCACAAUACAAGUGGAGAACGAAUGUAUCUAUGUGCACAAGGUUAUCUUGACAAUUUGCUCUUUACACUUCAAAAGGAUGUUUGAGAGAAAUUGGAAAGAAAACAAUCAAAGUGUCAUCAAGAUUGAUGAUGUUUCCUAUAACGUCUACAAAGCAUACCUGAAGUAUUUAUACACCAAUACAGUCGAUUUAUGUCUUAUAAAUACCUUUGAGAAGGUAUCAGAACUUUUUGAUUUGGCCAAUGCUUACUGUGAGGACAAUCUCAAAAAGCAGUGCAUUUAUAGAAUAAAGCAAGAAAUUACUGUAUCAAAUGUUGCCUACUUUUAUAGUUUUGCAGUAAAGUAUGAUACAGAGGAGCUGAGAGAAUUUUGCGUCCGGUUCGCCGUUAUUCAUAUGAGGGCUGUAGUGAAAACAGAAAAUUUCGCCAAGCUUGAGGACAAGAAAUUGAUGAAUAGAUUUAUAAAUGAAGCGAGCGAAGCUGGCUGCUUCAAGAAUUAAUUCCGUCUGUUUUCCUUAACAAGAUAAUGCAACUCAACGAGAAAUUGAUGGAAAUCAUCGGUAUGAUUGUUGCUACAUAAAAACUCACCAUAUAUUUUAUAGUUGCAUAUUCUGAU